GCAUGGAUGUUGGUCGUGUACGAGCAGCUGCCGCGUUUAUACUUAUUCACAAUAUUAUACACAAGAAAAAACAGAAACGAAAAGUGCGUUGGUUUAUGAAAGAAUUGUACCGAAAUAGACUGCAGUAUGGAGUGAGACUUAUGAGACAUAUGCAGUUUGAAGCUGUUGAUGACACAACAAAAAACUUUACAAGAAUAUCAACGGAAGACUUGAAUCAAUUGAGAUAUUUCAUUGAGCCAAGGGUAAACAAAAUGGACACCCAGUUUCGAGAAGCUAUUACAGUGACCGAAAGGUUGGCUAUAACCUUAAGAUUUUUAGCCACUGGGGACUCUUAUAAUAGCCUUCAGUACCUUUUUAGGGUUUCAAAACAAUCUAUAUCUAGAAUAGUCCCUGAAGUGUGUGAUGCCAUCAGUGAGGUUUUGAAGGAUUGGGUAAAGAUCCCCACCUCAGAGGAAGAAUGGUUGAAUAUUGCGGAAGAAUUUGAAGAAAAAUGGAAUUUUCCUCAUGCUAUAGGUGCCAUGGAUGGAAAACACGUUAUGAUACAAGCACCUGUUAACAGCGGCACGGAAUAUUAUAACUAUAAAUAUUUUUUAGUAUCGUCCUAUUUGCACUCGUAGACGCAGAUUACUGUUUUAGAUACAUUGACAUUGGUUGUCAGGGAAGACUUUCUGACGGAGGGAUCUUUAAACAUACUACAUUAUACAAAAAACUCGAAGAAAAGUUUAUGAAAAUUCCUCAGCCAUCUAUACUCCAAAUACCACAUGUCUUUAAAGUGCCCUACGUAAUUUUGGCAGACAAAGCUUUCGCACUAAAUGAAUACACAAUGAAACCAUUCCAAGGGGAGCCAGAGAGAGGUUCUAUUGAAAGAGUGUUUAACUAUCGUCUGUCAAGAGGACGUAGAGUGGUGGAAAAUGCUUUCGGAAUCGCAAGCUCGGUUUUUAGAGUUUUACACAACUUUUUGAGAAAAAACUCCACUUUCCAAUACACGCCACAUGGAUCUUUAGACAUGGAAACCGAUACUGAAAUAAUACUUGGAAGUUGGAGAAAUGACAGUGAAUCUUCAUCAUUACUUCCUAUCACUAAUUUACCACGUAGAAGUGGAAAUGACGCUAAAGAAAUACGCUUACAUCUUGCAAAACAUUUCGCUACUAAUGGAGAAAUACAAUGGAAAAAUAGGUAUUAAAAAUAUUUGACAUCAUUUACGUACCUGCAUAGUGUCUGUUGUGUUAUUGGGUGUAAGCUUGUCUUGCAUAAAACUGAAAUCGUCAAAACCAAACCAUUUUGAUACAUAAAUACUAUCUCGACCUGUAAACAAUAAACAAUUAAAAUACGUAUGAG